AAGGCACCCCCUAUUUAUAAGGCGCGUUCGCUCUACCGCGCACGCACGCGCGAUUCUUGAAUCUUCUUCACCCUUCGGACCGCGGACUGUACCAAGUCUAGCGGGGCUGUGAGCCGCAGAGCCCGACACCUCCGCCGGCUUGAGCUCUGCAGCCUGUGCAAUUCUCUGAGCCCCUCUUCCCACCGAUCGCCGGGAAUGGUCUGUCUGACCGCGCACGCGCCCUGAGCGCCUUUCGCCCCUCGCUCACUUGCUCGCUCGCUCGCCUAGCCUCCCUAAACGCAAGCGCAGUGCUCGGGCGUGCAGCCGCUACCGCUGAGCCGAGCCGGGGCCGCCGGCGUCGUGUCCCUCUCAACCUGCCAACAUCCUGUGUUAGAGGAGCUUGUGACUGGAGGUGUGACCGUGGGAGAGCUGGCCGGGGAGGGACCCUGCCCAGUCGCUGCUCUGCUCCUGUCUCUUGUCCCCUCUCCCCGCCAUGACAGAGACCCGUGAGCCCACUGAGACUGGAGGCUACGCCAGCUUGGAGGAAGAUGAUGAAGACCUUUCCCCAGGCCCGGAGCAUUCUUCUGACUCUGAAUACACUCUUUCAGAGCCCGACUCUGAGGAGGAGGAGGAGGAGGAAGAGGAAGAGGAGACCACCGAUGACCCUGAAUAUGACCCUGGCUAUAAGGUGAAACAGCGCAUAGGUGGGGGCAGGGGCGGCCCAUCCCGCCGAGCGCCCCGAGCGACCCAGCCUGCUGGCCCACCUGCACAGCCCUGCCAGCUCUGUGGCCGAUCGGCACUGGGAGAGGCCCCACCGGGUACCCCACCUUGCCGGCUCUGCUGCCCUGCAACGGCGACCCAGGAAGCCCCAGCCCCUGAGAGCAGAGCUCUUGGGGAGGAAGAGGAGGAACCCUCUCGCACUGGAGAAAAUCGGCCAGCGGGGCGGGAUGGAGAUGAAGAUGAGGAUGAGGGGGGCACCUACCACUGUACGGAGUGCGAGGACUCCUUUGACAACCUCGGGGAGCUGCAUGGCCACUUCAUGCUGCAUGCCCGGGGCGAGGUUUAGGCAGGGCCACCAGAGAGCUGGUAAGAGGGGUAAGCGGGAGCAAGGGCUGAGGAAGCAGGGUUGGGGACUGGGGUCCCACCCGUCUGUGUCGUCUUAGCAGUAGAUGUGUGAAGGGCUGAAUAAAAGCCAGACUCCGUGUGCUGGCCCAGCGUGUUUGA